UCUAAUAUAUCACCAACUUAAACCUCCCAUAUAAAUAUCAGAGAGCACGGAAACGUUUCUCAGUCGAACAAAUCAUUUUGUGAACACACUUUGGUUCCAGCCGGCGUUAAGAAUAAAAUUCAACACAAAUUUCCAUAGAAGAGCGUUAAUACAACCAUACAGCAGCAGAAUGACGAUUGAUUUUUACUACACUGAUAUUUCUGCGCCUUGCCGCAGCAUUCUUCUUUUGGGAAAAGCUCUUGGGAUUGAAUUCAAUCUCAAAGAGAUGGACUUAAUGGCCGGGGAUCAUUUGAAACCAGAAUUUGUGAAGAUUAACUACCAACACUGUGUGCCCACCAUUGUGGACAAUGGCUUUGCAUUGUGGGAAUCACGAGCAAUUCUCAUCUACUUGGUUGACAAAUACGCAAAGAACGAUUCUCUGUACCCAUCUGAUCCUCAGAAGAGGGCCCGUGUGAAUCAGAAGCUCUACUUCGACAUGGGUACACUCUAUCAGCGCUUUGCUGAAUACUAUUAUCCACCAAUUUUUGCAAAAGCUCACUUUGAUCCGGCCGCUUUCAAGAAAAUGGAAGAUGCUGUUGUAUUCCUCAAUACUGGUCUCGAGGGUCAAAAGUAUGCUGCUGGUGAUUCCCUAACCAUUGCUGAUUUCGCUCUCGUAGCCACUAUUGCUACAUUUGAUGCGUUUAAAUUUGAUUUGUCCAAGUACCCGAAUGUUGUGCAGUGGUAUGAGAUGUGCAAGAAGACCAUCACUGGCUAUGAGGUCAAUCAAAAGGGAGCUGAUGGAUUUAUGGCAAAAUACGGAGCUGCCUUGGAUAAGCAGAAGGCCUAAAACAGUCUAUUUUUUUAAGGAAUCAAUGCAAAUAUUUCGUGAAUUUCAUUUAAAUCUUUUGUAAAAAUGUCUCGAAGUUAUUCAAACUAUUUCAAUAUCAAUAAAAAUUAUUUUGUAAUGUAAAAAA